UAUCGAUUAGUACGUGGAAGGACGUUCUGUGUGCUUCGAAUUGCCGUUUUGGCUAUAAAAGCCAACAAUAUGAAUCAUCACGGCAAUAUGGAGAUGGAUCCGUUGAGCUACGACUACCCAACGUACAGCUACCAAGCACCAACGUACCCAUACCCAAACAAACUACAAGCAAUGUACCAGGCAUACGCACAGACCAACACAAACUUCGUACCUACCAUGCACAACACACAACACAAUACGCACAACAUUCCGGAACCCGUUAAACCAAAUCCAGUACUACCAACAUCACAAACCGAAGUCAAGGAGGUUAACAGUAACGAUAAUGUAAUACAACCAACGAGUAAGAGAAAAAAGAAAGAUAAGAAAGGAGAAAAAGGUACAUUCUGUUCGGAGAAGAUAACGGAUGCUUCGUUCAAGUUCUACGGAUGCUCUGUAUGUAACAUAAGUUAUAGUGCACUCCACGAACUCGAUCAACAUGUCACUAUACACAAGAACAGAUUGACAAGCUACCGACUCCGUCUCCGGAACCAAUUCAAAAAGAAACAAAUAAAAAAAGAAAAGAAAAAGUUAAAAAAAUUAAGUAAAAUAAAAAAAGAAUCAGAAAUGGAUGUUGAAAUUAAACCGGAAGACGGUUACAUAGGUAGCGAGAAAGCUGCUGACUUAGUAAUGAAUAAUGAGAUAGAGAAUAAUGGUAAUGUAAAUAACGGUAACAGUGUAAUAGAUAAUCAAAGUAGUCAAUUUAAUUCGGUGAAUGGUGAACUUAGUAAUGUAAGUAACGAUAAUAGUUUAAAUAACGGUGAUAUGUGUAACAAAGUGGAUAGAGUUAACGAUAAGAGUAUGAAUGAGACGGAGAUUAACGAUAUGGAGAAGAUAUAUAAGUGCUUUGCGUGCAAUAAGCAGUUCACACUGAGCUACUACCUCAAGCUACACGUGCGAUCACAUACAGAUGAGAAGCCAUACACUUGUGCAGCGUGUGGUCAGUCGUUCAUUACGGCGAGCAAACUCGGGAGACACAACAAGCGGAUACACCUCGCCGAGCGAUACCAGUGCCGGAUCUGUUUCAAAAUAUUCUCCAAGUUCGAAUUGUUGACGGCGCACUUCGAUAAAACGCAUCCCGAGGACAAAUUGGAAGGAGAACCCUAUGGUACGACAAAACACACCGUAACAUCUAUUUCGUUCUCGUCCCGCGGCAAAACAACUCGCCAUAACGAGUACUUUCGAUGUAUAAAGUAAAAACACAAAUAUGAAGAUGAAAUGUAUAGAAGUACGUCCAUGAGACACUAGACGUACAUUUGUAGUCACUACUCGCAUCGCACGUGUCACCCAUAGAGACAUAUAUAACAUAACAUCACGCC